UCCCCUACGAUUCAGCGCAGGAAGGGAGGGGGAAGCUUCUACAGGAAGCCCUGCCCUUCUCUCUUGCUUUCCAAGAUUCACUUGCACUAUCACUUUUUCCAACCACCGCUGGACGCAGAAUCCCAGUACGCGUCGAUACAUUUAUGCUUUAUCAUACAGCAGCAUGAGUCAGGUCAGCCCUUCUCUCAGACAUUUCUUCUUCGGCUUCGACGUCUUCUUUUUGGUCAUAGUGGAACUCAUUACUGUCACAGCUCCGGCUCCGUUGUUUAAACAUUACCAAGACAAUUUUGAAGUUCAGACAACCCACCGUUACAUCUUUGGCUCCAUUACCGUGGUGAUCAGCAUCUUGGGGGCUCACGGAGCCCACACGGCAAACCGGAUGAGCCUAACUGUGUACCUGGUGUGCAUGUUCAUUGGAAGUCUGCUGAUGCUCAGCGCUGGAAUUAUCGCUGCUGCAGCCCGACCAAACUUGGGGCGUGUGAUGGAGGAAAGGUUUCGUUUGCUUCUGCCACUGGAUCAGGCUUCAGCUGACAUCAGGGAUCAGGUUGAAAGACUACAGACAUCAUUGCACUGCUGUGGUCUGUUUGGCUACAAAGACUGGGAGAACAGCAUCCCUGAUUCCUGCCUGUGCAAACAGGAUGUAGAGGAAUGUCAGACAGUCAGCUACACAAACCUCCUGUUGAACCUUUUCUGGCAGAAGAAGUCUGUCUUCACACAGCCCUGCUUUCCCAUCAUCAUCAGCAGCGUUGCAAGAAAUGCCAACAUCACCCUGGGCGUGACCUUUGGUCUCUUUGUUCUAACACUCUUCGGCAUGGUGCUGUCAUCACUGCUGAUCUAUCAGAUGUAUAACACCAGCAUCAGGUUGAACUGCCAGUGGACGGGCCAGCCACCUGCCUACGAGCUGCUGGACGACGUGCCAGAGAAGACGCCUUCAGCCCCAAACCCACCAUGGAAUAAAAAAAAAAUCAGGAACCUUCAGAUGUUGUUUGGUGACAGAAAAUAUAUAUGAUUAAAUAUCAGAUAAGCAGAUUCAAUUUGUUUGUAAUCUUUCCUCUGUGCUGAGCUUCAUAUCUGCCGCCCUUGGAACCGCUUUGAGGGCGAGCUGGAGUUAAGGGUGACCUGUCUGGAGUCUUUGACGCAGCGUUUUGAGUUUUGUUCUGAACUUGGUAUUUAUUUCUUUGAAAGGUUAAAAUAAUUAAUGUUCUAGUUUCUGAGUUUGUUAUUUAUAGUUCUUGAUUUCUUGUUUUGUUAUGUUAGUUAUCCCUUUAUCUCCAUUCCCAGCGUCAGGUUCACAUGACUUAGUUUCAGUGUGUGUGUUUGUCAGUUUCUCUGUUGAGUCCUCCCACGCGCUCUGUUUCACAUGACAGCUCUGGUACUUAGUUCCAGGUCUCCCCUCUCUUUCCCAUAUCUUCUUACUAUUAACAGUUCAUUUGCUACAGCGAGACACAGUCUGAUGAACUGUCAGCAACCACAAAAGCACUUUGGGUUAACUCGUGUUAUUCCCAAGUUUGGUGUAUUAAUAAAAGUGUUUAGGCUACUGUACAUGAAAGAGUAGCCAAUUAGUAAAACAGUUAUUUUGAAAAAGGAGAGCAAAAGAAUAUAAAAAUGACAAGAAUACUUAUCAUUUCCUUUUCUCAUUACUGGCCUGUUUUCCACAAAGCUGCACAUUGUGUAACAAUGACGACAGACUCAGUGGAUUUUUUUCUGCACUGUUUUUACACACUCAAAAAAAAAAAAAAAAACAGCCUAUACGGCUGUUGAUGUUUAAAGUCUGAGAAAGCUUCUAUAAAGUCUCUCUCUCUCUCUCUCUUUCUCUUCUCCAACGAAAGUAAAACUCUUGGAAGCAAAAUGAGUCACAGCUGGAUGUUUAAACUGUGUGUGCGUGGGCACAACAACGUCCAUACAGCUUUUCCCUCCGGCGCAGCAGCAGAAAUUUUCCACUGCUGCUCCUGGUGCCAAAACAUUGCGUUUAGGUGUGUGUGUGUUUAGGUGUGUGUGUGUGUGUGUGUGUUUUAUGCCUAAUAUCUUUGCUUGUAUUGAUGAAUAGUUUUCAGUGAACAGGAUUUAUGAUAAGAGUAUAACAUAAAGAAAUAAAAAUAUCAAAUAUCUUUAUGACUGUUUCUUAUUGACCAGUCAUGCAGUCACACCAAAAUAAUUUGCGCACCUAUACGGUUCAAUAUGCCAGCGCAAUUCAUCAUGGUGCCUUUAAGGGCACCUCGUAAAUUCAGGAAUACUGCAGCCAUAUACCUUGAAAAUGAUCACAAGUGUACCCAAAAACAUUUUAAUAAGAAUGUGGUGGUGUUUGCAGAAAACAAGUUUUCAAUUUUUUCUUUGAAUUUGUGCUCAUGCUGCAGUGAUUUCUAGGAUGUAAUCAUUUCAAAAUGUUGCAGUCGUAAAAAUCCGUAAAUGAUCACCGUCAGCCUGCCUGCUGUGACAAACUGACAAACUUUUGUAUAAGUUCAUACUCAAGUUUAAAUAAACAACAACACUAAAGCUAUUCUGUUAUACCUCUAUGUUUAAAAA